GUUGACUUCCUACCCGCCGACAAUUUCAUCGGCACGCUCGAGUUGCCCGGCGGACUGAGCGUUGCGUCCCCUAUAAAAGCGAGGGUAGACCAUGGCAGUACCAGUGUGCUCACUGCCGACCAACAUGAACAGCACCGACAAGCUGAAAGUGAUACUCCUGUGCGGCCUGGUGUUAUCGGUCGCAGCCGAGGAGGCGAAGAAGGCCGAGUCCAGCGCCCAGCCCAAGGAUGAGAAGUCGAAGCGCGGACUGGAGCUGAGCUUGGGCGAUCACGGCGGCUUCGGGGGCGGCUUCGGGGGCGGCUUCGGGGGCGGCCACGGAUUUGGGGGUGGCGGCGGCGGCGGCGGCCACGGAUUCGGGGGUGGCGGCGGCGGCGGCGGCUUCGGCGGCGGCGAGAUAAUCUCCACCGAUCACGUCAAGGCGGUGACGGUGACGAAGCACGUGCCGGUGCCGCACCCGUACCCGGUGGAGGUCACCAAGCACGUACCCUACCCGGUGAAGGUGCCGAUCAAAGUGCCGGUCGAGCGCCCGUACCCGGUUCAUGUCCCGCAACCAUACCCGGUCGAGGUGACGAAGCACGUAACCUAUCCGGUGGAGAAGCCGGUGCCCUACCCGGUGAAGGUACCCAUCAAGGUGCCCGUCAAAGUGCCCUACCCGGUGAAGGUGCCGGUGAAGGUGCCGGUGGAGGUAACGAAACACGUGCCCUAUCCCGUGAAGGUACCGGUGGUCGUGAAGGAACCGUACCCGGUGAUCGUUAAACACGAGGAGCACAGUUUCGGCGGCGGCGGCGGCGGCGGGUUCGGCGGUGGACACGACUUCGGCGGCGGUGACUUCGGCGGUGGACACGACUUCGGCGGAUUCGGACACCACUGAGAGGCACGGCGAGUCGAGCGCGGUAGGCAACGGGGAUCCCGGCGUCUUUCCCAUUUUUUUUUUGUCUGACGGUGAACGACUCGCGGCGUGAUGCGAAGGGCUCGUUCCGUAGGAACGCGACCGGUCGUCGAGGGAUCGAGAGUGGCGACCGGCGGAACGGCCGUGUCGUUCUAGUAGGAGUCUACGUGGUGCACCGAUAUUGUAUUCAUUGUGAUCCUGUCCUCGAGUUGUACUAUACACCCCGUAAAUGUAAAGACGAAUAAAGUAAUUUUCCUUUUUGUA